AUGCUGGCGGGAAACCUGGUGGAAGGGUUCGACAUGAAGGAGGACGAGCCGUGGUACGACCCGCAGGACCUCCAGCAAGAUCUCCAACUUGCUGCUGAGCUUGGGAAGACAUUACUGGAUCGGAACACAGAGUUGGAGGAUUCUCUUCAGCAGAUGUACACAACCAAUCAGGAGCAGUUACAGGAAAUUGAGUACCUGACCAAGCAGGUGGAGCUCCUGCGGCAGACGAAUGAGCAGCAUGCGAAAGUUUAUGAGCAGCUAGAUGUCACAGCAAGGGAGCUGGAAGAGACAAAUCAAAAGCUUGUUGCUGACAGCAAGGCCUCACAACAGAAAAUUCUGAGUCUGACGGAAACAAUCGAAUGCCUGCAAGCCAACAUCGAUCACCUCCAGAGCCAAGUGAAGGAGCUGAAGUCAUCUGGCCAAGGGAGGAGGAGCCAGGGGAAGCACGGCCAAACGUCGGCCUCCAGCUUCGCGGGGCUGAAGGAGCUGUAUGACCUACGCCAACACUUUGUGUAUGACCAUGUGUUUGCAGAAAAGAUCACUUCCUUGCCAAGUCAGCCAAGCCCCGACGAAGAAGAAAACAGGCAUUUGAAGAAGGCCGUGAGGACGCUGCAGGCGCAGCUGAGCCUGGAGCGGCAGAGGCGCGUGGCCUUGGAGGAGGAGUGCGGGCUUGUGCUGAAGGAGAACAGGGAGCUGGAGCAGCAGCUGGAGGCCACUGACGCCUACCGGGCCCGGGCGCUGCAGCUGGAGGCGGAGGUGACUGAAAUGCGGCAGGUGCUGCAGUCGGAGCGUCCCUUCAGGAAUGGGGUUGAAAAGCUGGUGCCCGACUCCCUACUUGUCCCUUUCAAAGAGCCUGGCCAGAGCCUGCUGGAGGAGAUGCUGAUGACGGUGCCCGAGGCCCAGCGGCGGCCCCUCAAGCGCAGCAGCAGUGAGACAGUGCUCAGUAGCUUGGCCGGUGGUGACAUCGUGAAGGGCCAUGAGGAGACCUGCAUCCGGAGGGCCAAAGCUGUGAAGCAGAGGGGUGUGUCCCUGCUGCAGGAAGUGGACACACAGUACAGUGCCCUGAAGGCCAAGUACGAGGAGCUGCUGAAGAAGUGCCAGCAGCAGGAGGGGGACUCGCUGUCCCACAAGGCUGUGCAGACUGCCAGGGCUCCAGCCAGGGACCCAGCUGCCAGGGACCCACUUGCCACUGGUGCCUCUGAGCCUGCUGGCUCCCCCACCAGCACACCACCUCCUGAAUAUAAAGCGCUCUUUAAGGAGAUCUUCAGCUGCAUCCAAAAGACGAAGCAGGAGAUUGAUGAGCAGAGAAUGAAAUAUCGUUCUCUCCCCUCCCCUUAA